UUCAGGUGAGCAGUUGCUCGUCGGGGCGGCCGGCGGCGGCGGCGGCUCCGGGGCCCAGCAUGCGCGGGGGGCCCCGCGGCCACCAUGUACGUGGGCUAUGUGCUGGACAAGGAUUCCCCCGUGUACCCCGGCCCCGCCAGACCCGCCAGUCUCGGCCUGGGCCCUCAAGCCUACGGGCCCCCGCCCCCGCCCCCUGGGCCCCCGCAGUAUCCCGACUUCACCGGCUACUCUCACGUGGAGCCGGGCCCCGGGCCCCCUGCGGCCUGGAGUGCGCCCUUCCCUGCGCCCAAGGACGACUGGGCCGCCGCCUAUGGCCCGGGCCCCGCGGCCCCCGCCGCCAGCCCGGCCCCGCUGGCAUUCGGACCCCCGCCGGACUUUAGCGCGGUGCCCGCGCCCCCUGGGCCCGGCCCAGGUCUCCUGGCGCAGCCCCUCGGUGGCCCAGGCGCACCGUCCUCGCCUGGAGCGCAAAGGCGGACGCCCUUCGAGUGGAUGCGGCGCAGCGUGGCGGCCGGAGGUGGCGGUGGCAGCGGUAAGACCCGGACCAAGGACAAAUACCGCGUGGUCUACACCGACCACCAGCGCCUGGAGCUUGAGAAGGAAUUCCACUAUAGCCGGUAUAUCACCAUCCGGCGGAAGUCGGAGCUGGCCGCCAAUCUGGGCCUUACUGAACGCCAGGUGAAGAUCUGGUUCCAAAACCGGCGGGCAAAGGAGCGCAAAGUGAACAAGAAGAAGCAACAACAGCAGCAGCAGCAGCAGCAGCAGCCCCCACAGCCACCCCCGCCGGCCCAUGAUGUCACCCCAACUCCAGCUGGGCCGUCCCUGGGGGCCCUGUGCCCCAGCUCCGCCAGCCUCCUGGGCACCUCCUCCCCGAUGCCUGUCAAGGAGGAGUAUCUUUCAUAGCCCCCCAACUAGCUUUGCAGGCUGGGGGCCUCGGGGACUCAGGUGCUGGGAACGUGGCUCCUGUUGGGACUCAGGAGGCCUGGUCUGAGUCCCAGCCUUGCCACUGACCUUCUGAGUAACCCUGGACAAAUCACCCACCCAGCCCCUGCAUCCCCUGGGCCCGUCCAUGCAGUGAGCUUGUUGGAUAAGGACCUUUUCCAGCUGCGGUGCUCUAGGCCUCAGGGGGAUAGGGAGCCUGGGGUGGGAGGUCUCAAUUCCCAGGGGGCUGAGUGAAGGAGCCAAGAUAAAUCACCAGGCCCUACCUCCUCCUCCAUAGGCUCAAAGGUGGGAGGCUGCUAUAGGGACAAGACUCCUGGAGAAAGAAAAUGGAAGGCUUGCAGACCAUGCCCUGAGUGGGGGGAGGGUGUCAGCUCACAUCUGCCUUUUCCUGCAGCCUCACCUUUACCUGCCCCCAUAAUGACAUGCCCUGAACCCUCCCCAGGUGGGAUGCAAAGCACACAGCCUGCAGGACUGGACCUGAGCAAUAGGCUCUGAUGACCAUCCCUUCUGGGUAGCAGAGCCAUGUCCCCUCACUAGCAUUCUUAGUGGGGGCUCCAGAUUGGGGAGAGGCCCCGGAAGUGGGGCAGGGGGCAAAGUCCACUCUGCCAAGUUUCUACCACCCCACCAGGCUGUUCCUGAGGGCCCAGGCCCCAGGGAGCCCCCAAAGGACUUUCUGGACCAAGCAGACCUCACAGCUAGGCAAGUGUUACACAGAGAGUGGAAUCUCUUGGAUGCAGCUUCAAGAAUAAAUUUUUUUCCUCUUUUUAAAAAUGUAUAAAAAUCAUUAUACAUAGCAUGAAAAGAAAAUGUUAAAGAAGUGUAAAUCAUCCUUACCCUUCUCAACA